GCCUGGUGCCUUGCUGUAGGCGGUUGUAACUCAGUGACAACUAAAGUUGUGCAAACCCAAUAGUAUGCCUAUUGUUCUUUACCCUUAACUAAGGUAGGAUUUGGAAUAUAUAAAUAUGCCAUCUUGGCAUAAAGAACAAAAAUACACGUCUUUAUCUGGCUGUGCUCAUACACAGUAUGAAAGCGUCACCUAUCAGAUUACUCAAUUUUAUACACUAGGGAGAGGUUAUAACCUUAGUCUGCUUUCAUGCAGUAAAUGGUAUUACUUUCUCUCCUCUUUACUGCCUUGAAAUAAUAAAGCAGAGCACCCCAUUAAGCUGGUAACAUUGACAACCAAGUUUUCCUCAUAACGCAGGGACACCCCAUUGGAAUAAGAUUAUUUGAAGGAUUACAAAAUAUUUCAUAAUUACAUAUAAUCAGCUGGAUACACCACAGAGAGAAUAAGACUGGGUGUUUGUACAAAGCCAUUUCUCCUACUCCUAGUUAAGCUCUUUAGUAUGAAACUAGAAACAGGCUGUUACCUGAAAAACAUAGCCAGUCAUGAACCUGCAUCACAAGGACUGUACUUCUAAUACUAUCCCAACUUUUUGUACAGCAUCACUUUACUCAAAUUUGUUAUGUGGUAGCACACAGUUGUAGUUUGUGAAUUGUUUGCUGCAGCAAAGGAAGACAAAGCUCUCUGCAUGUGUGCAAUCUAUGAAAUGAAAUAAAUCAGCAGCUAAAACAGAAAGCCUGUAUUUGGAAUGUACUAUGUGCGUACAAAUAUUUUCUUGGCCAGGGUUCCAACCUGAGUCGUCAACAGCAGUGGUACAGUCUGGACAUAGUCUCACCACCUCAUGUGCUUUUUGGAACUAGGCCUAUUUUAGGACUGCUUCACACAAGAGGACAGCGACUCUGUAACAGGAACCUGCGAAAACACCAUGCAAUACCCAAACACUUGUCACUUGCUGGCCAGGUUCCCAAAGCCUGCAGCAACUAUACACGUGUUAAAAGCUCAACAUGCAGCAGUGGGAUUCAUCCAUGCAUGCCUACCGGGAAGUGACUUCCUGUAGGAAUUUGAUCAUGGGUGGAAAAAGCCCUUAGGACUCUGCACCAGGAGGAACCCAUGGAGCCUAUGAGCUCGGCCGACGGGGGCACCUCUUGCCCAUGCCCCCCAGCCUGCUGAUCGCUCCCCGAAGUGCUCCCCACAGGGGCCUCCCCCAGGGUCGCCCCCACCCCUAAUGCAACCUAGCGAGCCUAGGAGUACCAAUCCCCGAAGCUCUGCCCGCCACAGCGGGAAGGCGAGUGGCGACGGCGCUCAUUAGCCUAUCUCGGUGCCCCCCCCAACCCCGCUCCUGACCGCUGUCGCCGGGCCUCCACGCUUUGUGUCCAGGGAGGAAAACGCAAGGGGGGGCGGUCCCUGACCGGGGGGGGGGGAGAGAAAGAGCGGAGCGCGGUAGCAGCCCCCUCCCUCGCCGCCUCCUUCCCUCCCCCCCCUUCUCCCUCUCUCCAUCGCUUGGCCGGGCUGCGCUCCUGUCGCCGCCGCCGCCGCCUCCAUCUUGCCUUCCCUCGCUCCCUUCCCCCCACCCCGCAACAGGAGCCGGAGCCGCGGCGGAGGAGCCGAAGCGAGCGGGCGGCGGGUCCGAGGCAGGUCGGGAGCCGCGGCAAUGAGGGGGAGGCGCUGAGGGGAAGCGCGCCGAGCCGACAUCUUGUCUCCCCUCCCCGACGACGUGAGCCCGUCCGUCCCGCAGAAGACCCGGCGCCGCCACGGAGGAGGACAGGCAAGUAGACCGAAGGACGCGCCCGCCCUCGCCACCACUGCCGCCCGCUUGCCUGCAGCCCCGUUCCUCCCUCCCUCCCUCAGCGGCGCCCCCAGGGUCGCGGGAAGGUGACCGGACUAGGCGGUGAGGGGGUGGCGGGACUGAGGAGGCCUCGCGCCCUCCGAGUUGCGGAGCGGGGCUUUCUCCACAGCGCUUUAUACCGAGGCUGAGAAGGGAGAGAGAGUGGGUGAGAACGCGGGGGGGAGAGAGAGGGAAACCGAUGCCCGCCAUCUUGUUCGCCCUCAUAACCGGGACACCAUUAGCCACGCCCACCUUCCCCUUCUUCAUUGGCCCAGGCAGCGACACGUCGCUCUUGCCCGCGCGCUGUGUGCUGCUACUGGCCGCGGUGCAGGAAGAUGGACAGCGAUCGUAUCCAAUGGAAGGAUGAUUACAGCUGUUUCCUUUCCCUGUCGUGUAAUUAGUCGAGGGAUUUCCCCCCUCGGAGGAGCUUGUAGAUGUUGGCAAAUUUAUAUUCAACAUUUCCCACCCACCCCCCACCCGCCGCCUGCGACUUUAAUCUUGCUGUGGACGGAAGGAGGGCCGCUAGCAUCUGGCAGAGCGAGAUUGCUGCGCGCUCUGUCACGUGGAAAGGGCCUGGAUUCUGACACAGCCCAGGCUGCCCCGUCCCCCAGGGAAAGGGUUUCUGCUGUGAGGCCUGGUGUGUUUUUCUUUCCCUGUGCACACUGAAGAGUCACCUGAGAGAGUGUGCAUGUGGACUCAAACCUCCUUCAGCGGUCUGCUGCUAGAACCCUUCAGUUGCAUGGACCACCCUUCUCAAAAAGGCCAAAACACAGUUCAAAGGCAGAUUAAAAUGUUGUCUGCUGCUGAGAGGGUUAGUGAGAGAUGUUUUGUUAGUUUAUACUGAUUGCAUGUGAUCAAUAGACUAGGAGCAAGAAAGUUGUUCACUUGGAACGUAUUCUAGCCUUUAAGUUUAUAGUGGCAACAGGGUCGUUUUCCCUGAGGCAUAAGAUGCAACUCUUGAACAGGGGCGUCCUCCACUGAAGGAUAGGAGUUUGUUCACCUUAAUGCAAGACAAUUCCUUCAUUGGCUGUACUUUUCCAUUGCUUAGGCUGCUGCUGCUGAAGUGGGAGAAGAGCACAGUACAACAAAGUGCAUUUCUCUUUAUUAUUUUAUUUUUUGUCUAUUGCAGGAUGUCCCUGCCCCAGAACUGAAGAGUUAAAUGUCCAAGUUACUGAAUAUAAACUACAAGUCCACAGCCAAAGAACUGGUUGAUUUGUUCAAAUCAGUAUUGGCAGUUAAGCCCACUUGCUCCCCCCCCCUAAUUUUUAAAUUUUCCACACCAAGCUGUAUUACAAAAGUAAAUAUAAAUAUAAACCUAGAUUACAUCCAACUCCCAUGAACACUAUUUUGAGAUCAGAUUACAUUUCUUUAAAACCUAAUAUAUUCUCCAAGAAAGAUUAAGAACCUUCCGUUUAACAGAAUAUUUUAUCUACUGUAAUGUUUUAAUAUAUUUUUUCAUUAACAGCAUUCAUUGAUCUCUAUAAUUUAUAAUCAAAACAAAUGUCUCCAUUAAUUAGAUCCACAUUUUAUUUUUUUAAAUUCAUCUAUCAAUUCUUUACUUUCCUAUUUACCACACUACUCAUUGCGUAUUCUUCCCUUAGGGUUGCCAGAUAUUCCAUUAACAGUAGAAAUCACAACUGGAGGAACCCCCUGUUAGGCUAUAAACCUUGCAUUUAACUACUCACUUAAUAGUCAAAAGACUACAGUAUCAGGAUUUCCAUGAAGGUGAGUGAGUGGCAUGGGACGUAUUACUCUCUCCUUCUGCCAGUCUACCUGGUAGAAAGCACAUUUUAAAAUAACCCAUCAAGAAGCCAGUAGCGCUUGUUUUCAUAUUGGCGUGGGAGGACCUUCCUUUAUGGCUACAGCUAACAUGCUACUACAGUACUGUACAGGUUUUGAAUUUGUUAGCAAGCUAGUAACUUUGUAGACUUAUUUAUAUGGUUCUCCAGGCUCAGCAACCCCAUGCCUCCUUAGUUCCUCUCAUUCCUGGCCACUUUAUUCCAGCUAGGGGAGUACUGCUUCUUCUGCAUCUUAGUUCUAUGUGUAGUUUUGCCCUAAUCUUGUUUUUUCCAUGGCUCUGCCUUCUCUUCAGCCAAUUGUUUCAUCAGGUCCCUGCUUUUCAGCCCAGUUCCUCCUUUGUGCAAUUUAAUUUAGCUUCCCUGCUUUUUGAUCAGCCUUCUUAACACUCCUUCCUCUUUAUUUCUUCUGAUAUUAAGCACUGUGAAAUUUUUUCAUAGCUCACUUUUCUGAUUAGCCCGUUCUUGCCUCAUUUCUCUGUCUCAUCUGCCCUUUGCCCUCAAGGCUCAUUAUUCGUUUAGCUUUCCUUCAGAUUCCUAUUUCUCUAUCUAUUGCCUACCCUUAUUGUUUAGAUUUCCUAUGUUCCUGGACUUCUCUGUGAUCCUUAGUCAGCCUGUUUGAAGUCUUACUCCUAGCCAAACUGACAACUACCUAUCCCUUCCAAAAAUCUAUUCAGCAAACAGUUGGGUUUCUUGAGCAACUGAACAUUCUGGGUUAUCAUACCAGCUUAGCUGUCAGAAGCACAAACUAAUAAAGAUAAUGGUGCAAUAAUCUGUUGAAUAUAAUGAUGCUAGUUAAAUCUCACUCAUCAACAUGUGGCCAGAGCUUUGGCAUAGUUUUCAUUGGAUCAUGUGUAAUGAAUUCUUUGUCUUUAAUUUAGCAUAUGCAUGAUAGGAAUAAGGAAUAAUGACACGUGGGAAGAGAGGAAUUCAGUGUUUUAUGAAUUGAGGGAAGAUUAUUGUAUUACUGAAACUAGAAAAGACUAACUUGAAGACAAAUAGCAAAAUAAAUUUGGUAAGGUUUCAGCAUAAAAAUGACAUGCAUUGUUGUUUAGGGACAUUUGGAGAUGGUGGCUAGCAUGCACAGAAACAUGGGUUCCAUCUAUUUACACUUUAAGCAGUAUCAUAGCACUUUCAUGGCUUCCUCCCAAGAAUCUUGAUGCUCGGAACCUUCGGAACUUGAAAUAUGGGUACCCCCAACAAAAAUUUAAAAUUCGUCUGUGUAAUUUGGAUUUUAUGUAAUUUGGUUUGAUUUGAUGUGAUUGGUCGGUUAAUAAAAAAUUAUUCUUAAAAAAAAGAAUCCUGAUGCUAAGUGUUCUUAGCCUCAUGGAGCUACAGUUCCCAGAGUUCCCUCAGAAGACGGGUUUAUUGUUAAACCACUCUGCAAACUGUAGCUCUGUGAGUAGAAUAGGGGUCUCCUAACAACUCUCGCCACCCUUAACAAACUACGGUUCCCAGGAUACUUGAGGGGAGCCAAGACUGCUUAAAGUGGCAUGAUACUGCUUUAAAUGUAUAGUGCAGAUUGGGGCCUUGGUGAAAGUGCUAAAGGAGUCUAGUCUGUUGAUAAGUGGCAAAUGUUAGCAAUAGGCAAGGGUGAAGUCUUGAAAAGUGUGGAGGAAAGGUAAAGCUGUUUUAGGAAUGUGAGGUGUUGGAUGUACCUUGCGAAGGAAGACACUGCUAGAGUAUCAUAGAGCGACAGGGGUGCCAACUUGAACAAAAUAUUUGGGGGGCAAGCCCUGCCCCACAUAAUCGAUCACAUGACACAGCACACAUGCACCAUUUGAAUGGCCAUAUUCAUCAAGCUUAGGAGGACCAGCCCCCUCAAUUGGGGGGGGGCUGCUGAAGGGCCCCUAGGAGUUGGCUCCUGUGCAGAGGAAUUUGUAUUAAGUCCACAAAGUUUAUUGCUAUAAUGUGGCCUUGUAAGAAGAGUGGCAUAGCAUCAGAGGAGAGAGGUGCAAGAAAGAAAAUGAAAUGAUGAAGGGUCUGAAAACCAAGCCUUAUGAGGAACAGUUGAUGAAAAUGGGUAUGUUAGCCUGGUAAGAAGAUGAUAAAAGAUAAAGGGGCCCCUGACCAUUAGAUCCAGUUGUGACCGACUCUGGGGUUGCGGCGCUCAUCUCGCUUUAUUGGCUGAGGGAGUCUGCGUACAGCUUCCGGGUCAUGUGGCCAGCAUGACUAAGCCGCUUCUGGUGAACCAGAGCAGCACACGGAAACACUGUUUACCUUCCUGCCGGAGCGGUACCUAUUUAUCUACUUGCACUUUGACAUGCUUUCGAACUGCUAGCUUGGCAGGAGCAGGGACAGAGCAACGGGAGCUCACCCCGUCGCGGGGAUUCGAACCGCCGACCUUCUGAUCAGCAAGUCCUAGGCUCUGUGGUUUAACCCACAGUGCCACCCGCGUCCCUUCAAAUAUCUAAAGGGCUGUCACAUGGAGGAUGGAGCAAGCUUGUUUUCUCCUGCUCCAGAAGCUGGGACCCAAACCAAUGGAUUUAAAGUUACAAGAAAGUAGAUCCAACAAAAUACCAAGAAAAAAAAAAUCCUGACAGUAAGAGCUGUUCAAUGAGAAGUGGUGGGGCUCUCCUUCCUUGCAGGUUUUUAAGCAGAGGUUGACUGGCCAUCUGUCAUGUGUGAUCUAGUAGAUUCCUGUAUUGCAGAUGCUUGGACUAGAUGACCCUUGCAGUCCCUUCCAAAUCUACAAUAAUAUGAUUCUAUGAAAUAAUUGGUUUAUGGUUGUAAAUCAGUGGGGUGGGGGGAAUCCAGCAAGUGGUGAUUUAGCAUAAGGGUUGAAUAAUUUGAAUACUGAAAAUCAAGGGAAUGUAAAAUAAAGUGGUUUCUGUCUUCUGUAACCAGCUGGCAUCUUUAGUGUUUUAACAUGAGAAUAGAAAAUAUGUCUUCAUAGGCAAUCCACUAAGCUAAAUUUUGCAUGGCUAAAUUUUGCAUUCAUUGCGGAGGAGGCACUUUUACAACACAACUGCCUUCUUACAAAUAUGCAAGUGGAACAUAAUGGAAGCAGAAGAUUAUGGCAUAAUACUAUGACUUGAGAAUCAUAGGACAUAGUAAUAGUAAUAAUUUUAUUAUUUAUACCCCUCCCAUCUGGCUGGGUUUCCCCAACCACUUUAGGUGGCUCACAGCAUAUCUAAAAACAUAAUAAAAACAACAAACAUAAAAAAUCUGAUACAGGGCUGCCUUCUGCUCUGCCAUUUUAAGGCUGUGCCAAUAGAGCUAGCACUGGUGCAGUUUCACACCAGCAUACUUGAACUGCCAGCAGAAUUUUACCAGUGGAUUCACCAAAAUGGUCCAAAGUUGAGUGCAUGGCAGAAGAGAAUCAGAUAUACACAAAAUGCUAUGCUGCUAACUCCAACACACUGUUCUAAUGUUACACUGAUGUCUGAAGUGGUGUAAGUAAAAAACACUAAUUGAACCCCAAAUCAUUGGCUACCCACCCUGUCUCCUCUGCCACGGUGGAGCAUAGUAUUCAAACAAACUUUGUACCUAAUCACAGUUGUAUAGAAACAGUAUAUAAAUCCCUGGGAAGGAGAGUGUAACUCAGAUGAUAAGGGAUGCACUAUGGGACUAUGUCUCUGCUAUGCCAUUAAUUGAUUUAAUGUGUCUAGUUUUGCCUUUCAAAGUAAUAGUUUCAGGGGGCCCUGAGCAGGAUUGGGAACAUGUCAACUGGAGAAGAAGAGUUUAGUUAUCCCCUCCUCCCUCCAUUUUUAUGGUCCUGAUUAAAAUCACCCACAAAUGUACUGUUAGCCCUAAUAGGGAAAUGUCCCCCUGAGGCUAAUAGCGCUUUGUGGGUGGAAAUUUUUAUCUUGACCAUGGUGAGAUGAAUGAUUCCCCCCUCCCAUUCUAGCUCGCUGCAGUCCCACUUCUGCUUAUGUGUAUUUCUGUAAAUGUUACUUUGAAAGGCAAAGUCCACUCUGAACACACAGGGGGGUGCUUUGCAGAUAGGAGGCACUGAGAAAUGAAAUGUUUCACAAAAAGGGGCAAUUAAAGCAAGCUAUUUAAGGGGCAAUUAGCAGGCCCUUUAUAACUUGUUUCCCAGCUGGGAUCAACAGGAAGCAAUAAAACUAGCAGAAACAACAAGCAAUAAACUUUGAACUGAAGUUGUCAGGGACCUUUGUUUUAAAUAGAACUUAAUUGUGAUGGAACAUAGGAGAAUUUGGUUAUGGGGAAGGCCAUUGCUUGGUAAUAUAGUGCUAUAUGCAAGCUCUGUAUGGACAUUCUGCUUUAAUUCCUUUUCCAGCUAAUUAGAGGAAACUGUGCACCUAAGGGCUCUAGGGUGAAAGCAGCCCUGAAAAGGAACAUGGACUGGGACCUUAUUUUCCUUUCACAGAUUCCUCAUCCCCAUUUCCUCCCUUCCCACUCUCUUUCCCUUCCUAUUGUCCCUCAAAAAACUCCACAUAGACUUGAUUCUUUUAAGGAAACUUUCUCCAGGAAACUAUCAUUGGCCUUCCCUGCUCAAAAAACAAUGCUCAGAGUCCUUCACAUCCCUCCAUCCCAUAUAAAUGGAAUGCUUGCUCCAUCCCCUGGAGAAAAUACUGAUUUCUCAAAACACAUUUCUUUAAAAGGGAAGAUGGAAUACAUGCAUUAGUCAAUAUUAAUACAUCAUGAUGUUGACUGAUACAUAUAUUCCAUCUCCCCCUUUUCAUGUGCUAAUGCACUUUUUCAAUCUAAAAUUGGUUCUGCGCAGUAUGAAAAAAUCUACUGACAUGAUAAUAAUAAUAAUAAUAAUAAUAAUAAUAUCAUGACUAUUAUUAACUUGUUGAUCACUUGUUACCUGAAGAUCUUCAAGCAACUUACAAUACAUUUAAAACAUAAAUACAUAUACCAUAACAACAGAGCAAAACAGCCCACAUAACAACCACAAGGAGCUUUGAUUGCACACUACUUUAUAUUUAUAUAAUAAUUAUUUUUAUUUUAUAUUUAUAUAAUAAAUGUUUAUAUUUUUAUUUCUAUAGAGCAGUGCAGGCCAUGUGUACACUACACAACUGAACCAGUGGGCUAGAGGCAGUUUGUGGAGUAGCCACAUUGACUAUUAUAAUUUGUUUCAAUGUUCUUCUAUAUGUUUGUUUAUUUAAAAGUUAUUUUUCUAGCCACCUGUCCGUAAACUAUCAGAGUCAAACACCGAGAACUUCUUUCUCUUUCUACAUGAACUGAUUCAUUCUCAUUAGCAUUUUCAAAAGACGAUAUAUGUAGCAUUAUUUCUCCCGCUAAUGUAGCAUUGCUCUGUGUUUAAAAGUAUUAGGCUCGAACAUAAGACUCCAAUAUUCAAAUACAGUAUAUGCUCAGCUAUGAAGCUUACUGGGUAGCCCUAAGCAAGUCACUACCACUUAUUCCACAGGUCACCAACAUUCAGGGACCAGUGGAGGCAUUGGGAGUUUUGAGAAAGUGCAAUGCACUAGUCAAUAAAUGGCUGCCUUGGGUGGGAUAUAACAAUAAGUGACUGUUGUGAGGCAUAGCUUAACAAAAAGUAGCUGCCACAUUUAAAGGAGCGGAAGACACAGGACCACGAAAUGGUAUUGGCGUGGCUACCAUUGGCCCCCCAUCAAUGGAAAAGUCCACCUACAUCAGCCACAGAGGUUAUCUCUGUAGUUACAGAGAUAACCUCUUUGUAUCUUUUCUCUGUUCAGAACAGAAGACAUGGACAAUAUCCCUUCCUUGCAUCCAAUGAAAUCUGGGCAUGAUUAAGGGUGCUUAUUCAUUGAGGAAAGGACAAAACAAUGCAAACAGAAACUGAGCAGGAAGCGCAACAGUCUCUCUCUUCCCCAGGUUUUAAAAAAAAAGUACCGUAUUUUUCGCCCCAUAGGACGCACCUAGUUUUUAUGGGGGGGAAAUAAAGAAAAAAAAUUUAUUUCCCCCCCAGGCGCGGGGCUGGCGCGGGGGAAGCCUGAGCUUCCCCCGACCCCAGCCCCCAGAACAGCCUGCUAUCUGCAAGCCUAGGGAGCCGCGCUGUCUCCCCAGGCUUGCGGAGAGCUGCGUGAAGCCCGGGCGCGCUCUUCAGUGCGCCCCAGGCUUCGGAAUGCAGGCAGCUCUGCACAACCCUUUGGAGCCCGGCGCGGCUUGGCGCCGGGCUCCGUAGGGUCGCGCAGAGCUGAGCAACGCCCGGGAGCGCAGGCAGCUCUGCGUGACCUUUCGGAGCCUGGCGCGGCUUCGCGCCGGGCUCCGUAGGGUCGCGCAGAGCUGAGCGACCCCCGGGAGCGCAGGCAGCUCUGCGCGACCCUUCGGAGACCGGCGCGGCUUGGCGCCGGACUCCAUAGGGUCGCGCAGAGCUGAGCGACCCCCGGGAGCGCAGGCAGCUCUGCGCAACCCUUCGGAGCCCGCGCGUCUUCGAGCCAGUCUCCCAAGGGUUGUGCAGAGCUUUCUGAAGCCUGCAUUCGCCCCAUAGGAUGCACACACAUUUCCCCUUCAUUUUUGGAGGGGGAAAAAGUGCGUCCUAUAGGGCGAAAAAUACGGUAGUUUUAAAGUUGCUUCAUCCAUGAAGUAGCCUCUCUGACUUAAGUUACAUCAUCUCCAGAACAAGUAGUUUUAGAAUUCUCAUCCUUCUCAAAUGAUAGCCUUUGGAAAAAAUGUAGCAGAUGCAGUCUGAAGGCUCAUAUUUUGUAACCAAAGGGGAAUUGUAGAUUCUCAAUUAUGUCUUUAAGAAUACAUGUUUAUCUUAACUCAAGUAUUGUUACUUUGUUCUAUGCCACUAAGACCUAUACAAUAGGUAUGGAUUUCAAUUGUUGCAUUUCCAUGUUUGGAAAACUGCCAUUUGUUAAAUUUAUUCCUGGCAUACAGUUACACAGAGGGCCUAGGAGAAAGGGCCUGGCUUUUUCUCCUUUCUUUAAAUGCUUUUUUAUUGAAUGUUUCAAAAAUAAUGACACAAUAGGAAUAAAUGUAAAACAUUGUCACAGUUUAAGAAGAAUAUGCAAAUGUAGGAAAUAUAGAGAAAGUUGACCAUUGAAGGCAUGCAUUAUAAUACAGUGGUGCCUCGCAAGACGAAAUUAAUCCGUUCCGCGAGUCUCUUCGUCUUGCGGUUUUUUCGUCUUGCGAAGCACGGCUAUUAGCGGCUUAGCGGCUAUUAACGGCUUAGCGGCUAUUAACGGCUUAGCGGCUUUAAGAAAAAGGAAACAAAUUCGCAAGAACUCGCAAGACGUUGCGUCUUGCGAAGCAAGCCCAUAGGGAAAUUCGUCUUGCGGAACAACUCAAAAAACGGAAAACUCUUUCGUCUAGCGGGUUUUUCGUCUUGCGAGGCAUUUGUCUUGCGGGGCACCACUGUAGUUAUUGGGUUGGGGGGGGGGGUUUAAAAGAAUCACGCCAAAAAGAAAAUUGGGUGAUGGGAGGGCAAAAGGUUUUGUCUUUCGUAUUUGCACACAUAAUACAUGUUUGCCUUUUCAAACAUUUCCCUCAACUGUAAGUUAAAUUCUGUUCAAGAGUGCAAUUCCAAAGCAAUGGUUGGUUUGUACACACUUAGUAUCUCACAGUCAUGUGCCCCCUCCCUCCAUGAUGUGACACUUUUGAUUCCAUUUUAGGUUAACAUUAUGCAGUGACCGAUUUCCCUCUCUAGAGCUGCAGUUGCCAGUGUUUCCCGGGGAGAGGGGCCGCUGGUUAAACCACUCUGGGAAUUGUAGCUCUGUGAGGGGAAUAGGGCUCUCCUAACACCUCUCAGCACCCUUAACAUGCUUCACUUCCCAGAAUUCUCAGAGGGAAACCAUGCCUGUUUAAAGUGGUAUAAUGCAGCUUUAAAUGUAAAGUGCAGAUGGCUUACAGCAAAUUAGGUAUCCACUAAUUUAAAGUUUCACACACCCAAAAGUGCACUAAGAGAUAAGGCCCCAGCCCAAAUUUAUCUUUUUAGUUUGCAUUCAUGUGCUGCUUUGCAUUCUGUGUUUCAGAAUCUUAGUUCAUUAGAAGAGACAGGCUGAUAUUUAGCUCCUUUAUUUUACUUCUUUGCUUGGGUUUGUGUUUGUGUUUCCAAAUUAAAUUCUUCUUUUGAUCCAUUUCUUCAUUUUCAACCUCCUUGUUUAUUAUUGGAUUUUCUUUGCUUCCAGGUUCUCUUCUACAAGUUUUCUGUGUCUAGCCUUCCUAGCUGCUUGCUUAUGAUAUCUUUGUCUUGUUGCUUCUGUGAAUGACUCCUAUAAUGCUAAAACAUUAUAAGACACUUUAGUAGAAAGAAGAAAAGAAUCUAAGGAUUCAUAUUCAGGGUAGCCUAAUGUUUAGGGCUAACUGUUUCUUAAAGAAUUUGUACUUGGUUAAAUUUUGUUUUUAACAGAGCAGUCAAUUCAGUUUAAAUACUUUUCAGAAUGAACAUUACCUAAGUUACCUCAGGAUAGGUGCCUUUUUGAGAAACUGAAGUGUGAGAUAAGCCAAAUCUGUCUACCACUCAUUGUUAAAAGGCUUCAUUUUCUUCCUUUUUUUAUUCCCACAAACAAAGUAGUUGCCAAAUAAAUAGGUAUGCUCUUAUUUCUCAGCCCUCUUAGUUAAAAUUAACUUUAACCAAUUAAUCAGUUGAAGUUAGACCUUGUUGCCCUGAAAUUUAUGCUGCUCAUGUUUAUGCUAUUUUUCUUUUGGACCGUUCUGCAGGGUUUUUUGAGUUGCUGCUAUGAGGAAACCUCGGAGGAGGUCCCGACAGACCCUAGAAGGGAGACGUUCUCCUUCACCAUACAGCUUGAAAUGCUCACCCACGCGAGAGACUCUGACCUAUGCCCAGGCCCAGCGGAUAGUCGAAGUUGAUAUUGAUGGGCGUCUCCAUCGCAUCAGCAUUUAUGAUCCUCUAAAGAUCAUCACAGAGGAUGAGCUGACUGCCCAGGACAUCACGGAAUGCAACAGUAACAAAGAAAACAGUGAGCAGCCACUGUUUCCUUCAAAAUCAAAGAAAACUCAGUGUAAAGGCAAAAAAAGGGAAACAUGCACAAAACACGCUCCUGGGACAUCAUUCCACCUACCACAGCCCAGCUUUCGGAUGAUUGAUUCCUUGAGCCAACCAGAUGCUCCAGCCCUGCCUUCCGCAUACUAUCAGUACAUUGAGAAGCCACCUGAGGAUGUUGAUGCUGAAGUGGAGUAUGAUAUGGAUGAGGAAGAUUUGGCGUGGCUUGACAUGAUCAAUGAGAAAAGGAAGAACGAUGGCUAUGGGUCAGUUUCUGCUGAGACUUUUGAGUUGCUAGUAGAUCGGUUGGAGAAGGAGUCAUACCUGGAGAGCCGCAACAAUGGGGCCCAGCAGACUCUAAUAGAUGAAGAUGCCGUUUGCUGUGUUUGCAUGGAUGAUGAAUGCCAUAACAGCAACGUCAUUUUGUUUUGUGACAUUUGUAACUUGGCUGUGCACCAAGAAUGCUAUGGAGUGCCCUACAUCCCUGAGGGGCAAUGGCUUUGUCGCUGCUGCCUACAGUCCCCUUCCCGCCCAGUUGAUUGUGUUUUGUGUCCAAACAAGGGUGGAGCCUUCAAGCAGACCAGUGAUGGUCACUGGGCUCAUGUUGUUUGUGCCAUCUGGAUCCCAGAAGUCUGUUUUGCAAACACUGUGUUUCUGGAGCCCAUUGAGGGGAUAGAAAAUAUCCCACCAGCUCGCUGGAAGCUCACUUGCUACAUCUGCAAGCAGAAGGGCAUGGGAGCAGCCAUCCAGUGUCACAAGGUGAACUGCUACACAGCCUUCCAUGUCACCUGUGCCCAGAGGGCUGGUCUUUUCAUGAAGAUUGAGCCCAUGAGGGAGACCAGCCUCAAUGGCACAACGUUUACUGUGCGCAAGACUGCUUAUUGCGAGGCACAUUCCCCUCCUGGCACAGUGAAGAAGGGGCGCACAACUACUGUUCACAAGGGAGAGGAGGAUGUUUCAAGGAACGAGACAGUAGAUGGGGGCACUCCCAAGAGCAAGAACAAAGUGAAAUUGAAGCAGAAGGUAAAGAAGGAAGCCUGUUCUUCUGCCCCUUUGCUGAUGGUUGCACAGAUCCCUUCAUACCGGUGAGUGGUGAAACCAUUCUGGCUUUUGUUUCCAUGUUGAUCAGUGAACUAGCCCAGCGUUUUUCUCCUGUUUUCCAAUUGGGUGGCAUCUUUUAUGCCCUGCGGCUGUUUCAGCAAAUGCUUUGUUUAAUUACGUUAGGAAAUGAAGUGCAGGCACAAAUUGUUGAAGGUGGAAAACGAAGAAAAUUUGCAAUUUAUGGUCCGAGUUUAGGCUUAUCCCAUUGACUUCAAUGGGAUUGUGACAGUUUAACUUGGAGCGGGAUCUAUCUACAGUUGUGUUUGUUGCCUAGUGUUUAUAUUAGUAAUGCGUUUAAGUGAUUAUAUGAAAGUGACUGGAGUAAUCACUUGUGCUAAACCUCUGAAUUAAUUUGGUCCAUUUGAGCUAAGCUGAUGGCUGGGUGUUGCCCAUUUUGCUGUUGCUAUUGCUUAAUUGGAGCUGUAGAGCUGUUUCUUACAGAGCAGCAAUUUCACAGUUGAAAAGCCUCUGAUGAACUUGAGUUACUUAUAUAAUUCCUAACAUGUAAUGUGAUGUUAGAAAAUUAGGCACUGUUUUGCUAAAGUGAGGGUUUCCAUGUGUUACACCGGUCUUCCGGAAUCUGAAGUUGGGUUUAAUAUGUGACGAAAUCGCUUGAUGCUUUUGUUUUCCCUAGACUGAAUAAAAUCUGCAGUGGUCUCGCCUUCCAGAGAAAGAAUCAGUUUAUGCAGCGACUGCACAACUACUGGCUUUUAAAGCGUCAGUCAAGAAACGGUGUUCCUCUUAUACGGCGUCUGCACUCUCAUCUACAGUCCCAAAGAAAUGCAGAACAGGUAUGAUUGUGGCAUCAUUGACAUUUUACUGAACCCUGAAAUACCAUGAGAGAAUAGUGUUACAAGAACUAAUUAGGGAAGCUUCUGGGAUACAUGGAUGGAAAAUGUCCUUGGAUGGAGUAGCUACUGCUAGCUAAAAAAAGCAGGAGGGUAGUUCAUUUUGGGAAUUUCUUAUGAAGUAUAGAAAUGGAACUUCAAAAUCUUCCUUUAGUAGUGUUGUCCAUGAAUAAUAACUAUUGUGAUUGUAAUAGAGGUUUUGCAGCAUGCAAUUUUUGUAUUAUGCCACAGCGUAAAGCCAAGCCACCCAUGAUCUAUGCCUCGCUCCUGAAAAUUCUCUUAACAGUUCCUUCCUUUGAAACCACAUCCCAUUGUUUUUAUCUUGUAGUGUUUUACACAGGAAAGAAAAACCAUGUGGAUAAAAUCCAUUGAUAACCAUCUACAUCUGUCUUUACCUUAGAAACAAUCAGCACUGUGGAGACCACUUUUCCUUAGUUGUCAGGGCCAAAGACUGUACCCACUGAUUUACUGUGUGUGGUCUAGUCCUUUUGAGCUAGGCAUACACUUUACUAUUUUCUUUACACAGAAUUGGUACUUGACAUUUGCUGUGCCCCAUAACUUUUUUUGAGUGACUUUGCUAGAGAGCUGCAGCAGUGUGCGAGUUGGGGGGGGGGGAGGGGAGAGCAGCAGUGAUGCCCUCCUGGUGGUGGUGCCACUGUGUUCACUAGGACAAAGAUGGGGUGGGGGCAAGGUCGAGGGAGCACUCUGUUGGCGUCAUCAUUGUUGUGUAUAUGUGUCUGCACCAGAGACAUGCUUCUGCCAUCAACCUGUAGCUCUCCACCCCAUGAGUCCUGGUGAACACAGUCCUGGUGAGCACAGUGCUGCCACCACCAGGAGGGUGUCACUGCCAUUCUGUGCCUCCUGUGCCACUGAUGACACAGUGCAAUCCUUUGUCAAAAGGCCAAAAACAAUGGAGCCUCGCUCUCGGUUAUACCACAGGUAUGAAGUAGCAACACAUAUUUGAGAAGUUAAAGAAUGUCAAUGGGUAUGGUUAAAACAUUUCCAGAACAUACUCAGAACGUUGGUUGGACUUCUUUAGAUAGUCAGUCUAUGCUUAGGACUCAUAAGGUGCUUAGAUUCUAUGAUCUAGUUAAAGGCUGACUGUGAAUAACUGUAAAUAUGAAGAGAUUGGUGAAUCAGGAGAGAUAUGAAGAGAGAUCAGGUACCAUUAAAAAAGAAAGAAAGAAAAAUCUCCCAUUUUACAGAAAGAGCAUGAUGAGAAGACUGGUGCAGUGAAGGAGGAACUGAAGUACUGGCAAAAACUGCGGCAUGACUUGGAAAGGGCACGGCUGCUCAUUGAAUUAAUUCGUAAGCGUGAAAAACUCAAACGUGAGCAGGUUGGUAUGAGCAUGACCUGAUGAUCUGUACAGCUGUUUACACUCCCAAUGAGAUGGACAUUAUUUAAUGCCUUUGAUUAGAGCUGCUAAGGUGGCCUGGAUGUGGAGUGAUUGCCAUUUUAGUGUUAAAACAAAACAAAAAACAAAACACCCAUGCAAUCCUAAGCAUGCUUAUUCAGAAUCAAGCUGCAUUGCAUUCAGUGGGCCUUACACCAAAAUACGUGUGCACAGGAUUACAGCCAAAAAAAGAUUCUGAAAUGAGUCAGAUCCUAUCUCUUAUUGGACAAACUGUGUGUGUGUGUAUGCACACAUGUGCAUACACACAUACACACAUACACACACACAAACACAUUCACUGGCACUUUAAAAUUAAAUGGCAGCUUUUCCCUGCCCCCUUUCCCCCUAGUGCUGGAGUGAAGUUGAGGGGGAAAUGCUAUCUCUUAGUAUUAAAGAGCUGGAAGACAACUUUCUCUGAUUUCAGUGCUGUGGUGCUUAGCACUGCGAUUGGAGCUCAAAUAUUUCUCUGACUGCCAGAUUAAACUUUAUCUCCAUAUCUGUAUCUAAGAUCACAGAGCUAAAGUACUUAGUGUUGAGAUCAGAGAAGAAAGAUCCCUUUGCUUGCUCUUUAGAGAAGAUCUCUUUAGAAGAGGUCUCUAAAAAGCAGUCAAAGGGAUUUUAUAUUCUGAUGAGUAGAUAUCACAUUUAUCUCCACUUUAGAGAUUACUGUGUAAAGAACAGACAGGGAUAUUUAUCUCCUGACCAGACGUGGGCAGUUUUCUAUGGCUUGGUGGGCCAUAUCUGGCCUGUUGGCCUCAAGUUAGCCAUCUCAACUGCAAAUGCUACAAUUAAACUGCAUUCCUAUAUAGAUCGGGUCAGUUUUCUUCAUUUCAUAACCAUUUUAAAAACACAUGAAUAAAUACGGCUGGAUCAUUAAAAGAAUAUAUAUAUAUAUAUAUAUAUAUAUAUAUAUAUAUAUAUAUAUAUAACUUGUAGUUUAUCUGGCCCAUGUUAUUGUUAUUGAGACAUUUGCCACUAGAAGUAAUAGAUUCAAUAACACACUUAUUUGUUGUUCAUGACGUUCAAAAUCAUCUGUCUAGUUUUGCCUAAUGGUAGGGCCAGCCCUGCUUGUUGUAUAUCCUGUUAUCCUUUUAGCCUCUAGUUAGUUGGUUUUAUCAAAACCAGCAUUUAUAGUUUCUGCAGUUUACAAGGUUUGCCUACAGGAAAUGCUAUUUUCUAUCAUUAGUAUCUCUGAGGUGUGCUGCUUUUAGCUGUCAUUCCUGCAUUGCCCGCAGUUAAUAAUAAUAAUAAUAAAUUUUUAUUUAUAUCCCGCCCUCCCCAGCCGAAGCUGGGCUCAGGGCGGCUAGCAACAAUCAAAAUAAUCCAACAUUCUAAAAACAUUCAUUAUAAAAUUAAUUAAAAUCAAAUUGAUGGCAACCAUUAAGCAAAAUUCUGUGCAGAUUGCCAGAGGAGGGGGUCAGGCUGCGCCCUGACCAAAGGCCUGGUGGAACAGCUCUGUCUUGCAGGCCCUGCGGAAAGAUGUCAGGUCCUGCAGGGCCCUAGUCUCUUGUGACAGAGCGUUCCACCAGAUUGGAGCUGCGGCUGAGAAAGCCCUGGCUCUAGUUGAGGCCAGCCUAACCUCUCUGUGGCCUGGGAUCUUCAGGAUGUUUUUAUUUGCAGACCGUAAAUUUCUCUGUGGGACAUACCAGGAGAGGCGGUCCCGUAGGUACGAGGGUCCUAGGCUGUAUAGGGCUUUAAAGGUUAAAACCAGCACCUUAAACCUGAUCCUGUACUCCACCGGGAGCCAGUGCAGCUGGUAUAGUACCGGAUGAAUAAGAUCUCUUAACGGACGAUGCUGGCACUAAUUGCACCCCCACAAGAGAUGGGAGUUGCCCCCUCAAUCCCAUAUUGCCCCGUCCCAGCCAGAGGACCUCUAUCUUCGAGGGAUUUAACUUCAACCGGCUCCCACGUAACCAUCCAGCCACAGCUUCCAGACAUCUGGUCAGUGUGUCUGCGGCUGAGUUAGGAUGGCCAUCCAUCAACAGAUAGAGUUGGGUGUCAUCGGCAUACUGAUGGCAACCCAGCCCAAACCUCCGGACAAGCUGGGCGAGGGGGCGCAUAAAGAUGUUAAAAGGCAUCAGGGAGAGAAUCGCACCCUGAGGCACUCCACACACCAAGGAGUGGCACGAUGACAAUUCCACCCCAAGCGCCACCCUCUGUCCCCGACCAGAGAGAAACGAGCGCAGCCAUUGAAGGACUGUGCCCUGGAUCCCCACGUCGGCAAGGCGGUGGUCCAGGAGUUCGUGAUCGACCAUGUCGAAGGCUGCUGACAGGUCUAGAAGAAUCAGCAGCCCCGACCUGCCUCGAUCCAGCUGCCUGCGGAGAUCAUCUGUUAGGGCAACCAGAGCCGUCUCGGUCCCAUGACCAGCGCGGAAGCUGGACUGGAAUGGAUCGAGAGCUGAUGUUUCAUCCAGAAACCUACCAAGCUGUUCAGCAACCACUCUCUCAAUCACCUUACCCAGGAAUGGAAGAUUCGAAACCGGCUGGUAAUUGGAUAGAUCUAAGGGAUCUAAUGAUGUUUUCUUUAAGAGCAGGUGCACCACUGCCUCCUUCAGUUCCCCUGGGAAUAUCCCGGUGCCAAGGGACAAAUUGAUGAUAUCACCCGGGGGGGGGCCGCACCUCGUCUGGACACGCUCUAAUCAGCCAAGACAGGCACGGGUCAAGAGGACAGGUGGUGGGCUUUCCAGCUCGGAGGAGUCUGUCCACAUCGGCUGGGGAUAUCCAGUCAAAGUGGUCCAAUACUGGACCCGAGGACAGUCGAGGGGCCUCCAGUUCCUUUAUCCAAAUUGGCAGGGAGGUCAUGGCAGAGCAACAGGACCUUCUCCGCAAAAAAACUCGCAAAUGCCUCAAAGCUGUGUGUCAAAUUGUUAUUUAAAUUUGGCUGUCCUUCAAGGGACGUUAAAGACCUAAUUAUACUAAAUAAUUGCGCCGGGCGAGAGCUAGCGGAGGCAAUGGAGGCCGAGAAGUAGGACUUCUUAGCGGCCUUCACUGCCAUCUCGUAGGUUUUCAUAAAAACCCUAUAAGAUGUUCUUGAGGCUCCGUCACGGGCACCCCGCCAUACUCGCAUCUAGUUGAACUAGAUGACCCUUGGGAUCCGUUCCAACUCUGAUUCUGUGAUUUUCAGGUAAAGGUUCAGCAAGCUGCUAUGGAGUUGCAGCUCACACCUUUCAACGUGCUGCUGCGGACAACACUGGAUCUUCUACAGGAAAAGGAUCCAGCCCAGAUCUUUGCAGAACCUGUAAAGCUGAGUGAGGCAAGUACUUUACCUAGAAGUGUAGUUAGAUUUGACCUAAAGAACUGCUCAUUUGAAUGCCUGCAAAAUGUAACUCUCAAAAAGCAAGACCAGUCUGGACUGUUCAAGGCAUACUUGCUCUGUUCUUGUAUAAAUUAAGGACUUCCUCAAAGGUUCUUAUACAGAGGAUUCCCCAACCAGGUAGACUAGAGCACUUUUUCUGAGGGAGUUUGCUUUUGCUUCUCAGCAGGGUUAUUUAUUUGCUGGGGCUGAAUGGGAUAGGACUUAACUGGAUGAAAUCACUGUGCAUUUGUGCACUGCCCCAGUGCCAGUGAGAGGGCAUUUAGAGUGCUUGUGAUGGAUAUGCCCUGGUUGGCUAGUAAAUGAUUUUUGUAAUUGUACAGGUUUUAUAUGUUUAGGUUCCAGAUUACCUGGAAUUCAUUUCCAAGCCAAUGGAUUUUUCUACCAUGAGGCGGAAGCUGGAGUCCCACCAGUACCGGACACUGGAUGAGUUUGAGGAGGACUUUAACCUUAUUCUUACCAACUGCAUGAGGUAUAAUUCUAAAGACACCAUUUUCCAUCGAGCGGCUGUCCGGCUGAGAGACCUCGGAGGGGCAAUAUUGCGCCAUGCACGGCGGCAAGCUGAGACUAUUGGCUAUGAUCCCCAAGUGGGGAUUCACUUGCCUGAAUCGCCAAAGACAGAAGAUUUUUAUCGUUUUUCUUGGGAGGAUGGUGAGUUUCCAUUAGGAAUUUUUGUAUUUAAAAAUAAAAGACCAUUAAGGAGAAAGAAGAUUAAAAACCUCCAUAUGUGCAAAGAAAGACAAUCAUUUAAGAAACUGCUCUGGAGGCAGUAUCUCCUACAAUAAGUCCUGUCUUCCCUUGCAUUUGUUCUUUCAUUGCCGUGCUGGGUUCAGUACUGACCUACCCUCUGCUUCCUGGCCAGAUGAUCAUAGAUGCCAACUUGGUGCUGUACCCUGCACUUUCUAUAUUUGUCUACCAGGAAGCAGAAAAUAGUGGGCAGGAGAUGUCUGCAGUAAAUUUGAGGCCAAUGCUGUUUGUGGGAAUAGUCACCAUGGGGGACAACUGGAGGAGUGGGCCAUACAGGACAACAGUGAGGGGUACGUGAGGGGUACAUGUGUUCCACGGCCACAGGUUGCCUAUGUGUGCUGCGGAGCAUGUGAUCUCUCUCUCUUUCUCAUUGGCUCUGUGGUGUGUUUUUCCUACAUAUUAUUGACAUUUCAUUUGAAGAAUCCUUAUGUCCUGUUUAUUAUAUGAAGUUCAAAAACAGGUUUAUUAAUUGCCUGCCCUUCGCUCAAAAGUUGUAGGAUGAGUUACAACAAUUAAAACAUGAUAUUCAGAACAGUUCAAAACAACUUAAAAUUACAGAAAUAAGGUAUGUUCUAAAAAUAACCAUCUCAGAUGUCAAAAGUGAGAGUGAAGAGGUGCCACAAGCUGUAUAAUGAAGAUGAUAGUCAAUGUGAGACCUAAAUGGUGGGUUAGUCACAUUCUUGCUUCUCAUUGCAGUUGAUAACCUUCUCCUCCCUGAGAACCGGGCUCACCUUUCAUUGGAGGUACAGCUGAAGGAGCUACUGGAAAAGCUGGAUAUGGUGAGCACCAUGAGGUCAAGUGGCGCCCGAACUCGCCGCAUCCGACUCUUGAGACGCGAAAUCAACUCUAUCCGGCAAAAGCUGGCCCAGCAACAGAGUAAAACCCUGCCAAAUGGAGAUCCAGCUCCAUGGGAGGAAGGGCUGGAAAAGAUGCUACAAGGAGAACGUGAUGAAGAUGGGGAGAAAGGUGAGUUUUUUUCACAAGGUCUCUGAAGGAAGCAGUUCUGGUUUACUGGAAAGAGCUAUGUAAAUGUGAAGACUCAAGGGGAUCUGUACACAUUAAUUCUUCACAAGUCUGGUAGGCAGAAGUCACUAUGUAAUUACUGCCUUUAACAACAAACUCAAAAAUCAUCUUGAGAAAUGGAGAGCAUCAAGAACAGCCUCAAUAUAGCAUUUGGUAAACCUGUACAUUUUUGUAACAAAUGCUGGAGAGUUUUGGGGCUGAGGAAGCAACAGUUGAUGGUAACAAGGGUUGCCAGUCUCAAAGCUUUAUGGUGAUAAGGCAGCCUUAGAGAAAUGUGUUUGACAAUCUUAUCCCAGUUUCUAGAGGUCUGCAUCACAAAGACACCUACACUUGGAAGUGCUAAUUUACCUCCUUGGCAGGCUCAUCAGGAAGAGGUUAAAAGACUGAGAAGACUGUCAGUCUCAUGUCCUACAUGUGUCUGUCACCUGUAGAUACAUAGUUGCAACAAUGGGCUGUGAAUGAAAUAGCAGGAAGGAGCUGUGACAUAGAUUGAUCUAAAGGACAGUGGACAAACUUGGGCAAGGAACCUUGGGUUGUGAUCCCACCCAUGGUCAUCUGUGAAUCAAAGAUAGCAGAGACUACAGAAUAGUGCCCAAGUGGCUGCAGCCAACCAUGAUCCUAGUUUGCUUUUGAGUAAGUGGCUCUAUUCCUUUCUAUUUUUUCUUAAAAAGCAUCAUUUAGUUAGAAGGUUAGCUGUCCAACUUUCCCUUAAAAACAAAAUUAGAAGACAGUAAAGAUGGAAGCUGUAGUAUAUACAAAAAAAUAACCAUAGAAGCAGUCAGGGUUGGCCUUUGCUGUAGGGUGGGUCAGUUCCCCUGGCAGGGAAAAGCAGUUCAACGUUGCCUUGCCUGGCCUUCUAAGAGGCUCAAAAUAGUCAGCUGACAUCAGUUUAAUGCCAUUAAUUGUUACUGAUAAAAACAGUGUUAGCAUGGUCCUGCCAUCGUAUUCUCAGAAAAUGUGCCUCUGUUAACAAGCACUUCUGUUCUCCCCUAUACUGUUUCAAAGCUGCAGCCAUGCUGAAUUGUUACGGAAAACUCUUUUCUCAACUCCUGCAUGUUUGCAGAGCUUUACAUGCAGCCACAGAGCAGCAAGCCUCACUCAGUUUGCACAGCUUUUGACAUCAGUCAAAUCUUUGACAAAUGCAAAUUCAGAAAGAAUAGUGGGUGCUGGUGCCACAUGGCUGGAAAGUUCAAAGACAGGCAAAAACACAUGGAGUGUGAAGUAGGGCCCAUGAGGGGUGUGGCCUAGGGAGAGUUUGAAGUGCCAAACAGAGUGGUCUGUAGGGGCAUGAGUUUCCUCAGCCCUUCUGUACGGUUACACAUCCAUUCUGAAAUCAACCAAAUCCUUGCAAAAGUGCAACUUCAGUCAUUACCUUUGUAUACCACCCAUCAUCCGAAGAUCACAGGGCAGUUCACAACAUUUUGUUAGAAUUACUGGAGCAGCAUAGUCCUCCACCUGUGGGUGUCAGUAGCCCUGUCUAUUGUUGAUUGGAUAGAUAUGUUUUAGGUACUACUCUAGCUACUCAGCCUGUGUCAUGCUGGGAGGAAGGAGGAAAGAGGAGCCAGCCUUGUUUGAGCAUCCAGGAAAUGGGGAAGGCUGUUAAGGGGGAACAAAUAGUAAUUUCCCCUCUCUCUGCUGCUUCUGAAAGUCUGUGAACUGUUGUGUAUAUAUAGAUAUACACACAUGUACACACAUGAACACACACACAUACACAGGUCCUUUCAUUGGACUUCAUUUGUGACAUUUUGGUACAUAGGUCGCUAAAAGUAUAUUAAAUUCCUUACCCUCCACCCGCUGUAAAAAUGGAGUUAAACACUAGUUUUUCAAAAUGCAGAUUGAGAUUUUAAAACUUACGUUACACACCUCACUGUUUGGUGCUUUUAAAGCUCUCUAAAAAGAGUCAAUAACUGUGAAAUCCAAAAUUUGUUGACUAACACCAAGUCCUAAGUGGCUGGUCCAUGAGAGCUAUAUGGGCCAGUUAAAGGUAAGGUCAUGGUUAGAGACAUAGCAUUUCCAGAAAGUCUGAAGCCAUGGUGUGUGUGUGAAUAUGUUUUUUCCAUUUUUCCCAGGAAAAAACCAGAACUUUUGGGAAAAAAUAAUUCUGUUUUAUAUAUAUACAUACACAGAGAUGAGAAAGAGAUCACCUUUUCAGUUUAAUUACAAUUUAAAUUUACUUUUUACUUUUUUGUUGUUUUUUUUUAAGUUACAAAUGAAAGUACAAGCUGCUGAGCAGUAAGGAAUCUCUUUAGUUUUGCCAGUUUAUGAGGAACAGGCAAAUGAUAAUAAUAAAAAGAAGAAGAAACAAUUAAUAUUUGUGAAACAAAGAACAAUAUUAUGUCUCCUCCAGUUCUCCAUAGUGAAAUUUAAUGUCUCAUUUUCUGAGCUAUUGCUAUGAAUUUCCGUUCCUGCAUCUUCUGCUUCUUCAUAUUUGUCAUCACCAUACUUAUAAUGAACUUCUAAAAUCUGAAGGUUUGCCUGUAUUGAAACAAACAUCUCUACCCUUUCACAAGCAAAUGAGGCACUGAAAUCAUCUUCCUUCUCUUGUGACAAUAGCAGCGCCCCCUGAGGCAGAAAUGCAUCUUGCUCCUGCAUUUGAGAGUUGAAGUCUCAGUUUACAACUCAGGACUUGAUUGUCCUCAGUGUACAGGAAUUGUAAUCAUCUGAUACUGCUCAUAGUCUUAACAUAAAAGUCUUCCCAUUACAUAAUUUUUAGAAAUCAUUUGUGGGGAGUAAAUAUAUGAGCACUUUAUCUUAAACACUGUAUUUGUCAUUCAAACAUAAUCUAUUUUUUUGAACAAAACAAAAAGCUUUUUUGGGGGGUGGGAAUGAUUGGGAGGGAUUCACCCUUGAAAAAGUUUCUGGCUUUUCCUAGGCUAUCACAUCUUUUGUCAUGGUUGCAGCAGAUGAGAAUCUGUUUUGACUUUUGCUGAAUGGAUCUCAGAAAUCUUAAUUUCUCUUCUGGAUUGCUUUCAGGAAUAUUUAAAGGGACGUUUUGAAAAGUUGUUUUCCUUUUCCUUAAGACACCCCCUCUCCCGACGACACACAAAUAAGGGUACACCAAUGGUCUGCUGUCUCUUGGUGGGGGAUUAAAGUAUUCUUAACUAGUCGCCAAAAAACUUAAAAGAAUAUCAGUAUUCCCAAUUGAUGUUUAGGGAAGAGCUUCAGUAUGAACAAAUUACCUCAUGUUUAUUGUUUGGUUAAAUCUACAAUAAUCUUUAGUUUAUAAGCGUACCAGUCUCUGAUUUUGAACUGCGCUAAAUAGGACAAAAGGCUUCUUAAUAUACUUUGAAUUCAGAGAUGCUCUGUGCUCUCUUUAUAAGGUUUUUACGAAAUUCCUGAAUGGUGACAUUCCUUCUUAAGGGGUUGUAGUCAUCUUAGCAGCCAUGCUUUCCCACAACGCUGGCAAUCCAUGCAGUUUAGCUAGUCGAGGGAAUAACUUGUUUUCCCCUGCUGACAACCAGAACAUUGCACAGAUAGCAAAUAGUGCUUGAACAGGAACAGAACCUUAAAAGGGGGAAGAAUGAGUGCUAAUCUGUGACCUCAUUGCAUCAUGAAUUGGAAUUCAAGAGGAAGGAAGGUUCCCUGGAGAGAAAGCUGAGCUUGGAUUUGGUAGUUUAAUGAUCUCUGGGUGUUUUUGGUGACCUUAGUACAUGGGACAAUGACGUAGUUUAAAAGGAAAAGAAUACACAGUUGACUGUUUUCCAUUAUUUGCAACAUGAUCGAGGUCCUUAAGAGACUUUUUUUGCAUUUGAAACUCCUCCUUUGUUGUUUUCUAGUUCUCCCAUAUCUCUUUACCCUCUUAGGUCAAACAUGGCUAUGUAGAGUUUAAAAUACCUGAGGCAUGAGGGUCUGGAAAAAAGAGUUAAGAAGGUUGGGGAGUUAAGCGUCAUGCAGCCUGAACUUCAGCAUGUAAACUUAUAAGCAAAUUCCGUUAAAUUCAGUGGGAUUUGCACGCUUGUAACGAUGCAUAGAACUGUCACCAUAAAUAACAUUGUUGGUUAAAUGACAAGCAUGUUGACUGGCUCUUAAGAGGAUGAAUAUUUUUUCUUCUGCAGAGUGCCAUAGUUAUUAUUUUUUUCACCUCUGAGUGUCUUUCUUUAGGCUAUUCAACAAAAGUUAGUUAUUACCUGCCACUUACUUUCAAGCAUAGAAAGGGGCAGAAAGGUGUGAUCCGUACUUUGGGAAAUACUUUCUAAAAUGUUCAAGCAGAUUCUCUUUCUCUUUAGCAGAUGACACCAAGCCCCCACUUCCCCCCACCCUGGAGCCCACAGGACCUGCACCCCCCCUAUCGGAGCUGGACUCUCUGCAGGACCCUCCAACUCUCAAACCCAUUAGCGAAAGCAAGUCCUUGAACAGACUACAUAAGCGGCUGAAGUCCGAGGGCGAGCUCUUUGAUAAGAAGACACUGCAGAGGGAGAGCCACGCCUUCCAGCGCUUGCUCAGCGACAACGGCCUGAACGGAUUGGCCCUUCAGGCCACGGGCACUUCUGCCAGCCCCCCGUUUAGUGGAGUGGGCAGGCGGACAUCUGUCCUUUUUAAAAAAGCCAAGAACGGGGUGAAACUGCAAAGAGGUCUGGACUGCCCCCUUGAGAAUGGAGAGGACCACAGCCAGAGUGGGCAGCUUUCCCCCUCCAGCGUAGAGGGUGAGCGGCCAUCCCGGAAACGGCCACAGAGUGGGAGCUGCAGCGAGAGCGAUGGCGAGAAAUCCCCCAGGCAGGCAGGAGUGACAGGUGACUCCCCUGAGCUUUCAUUCCUCUGAUGUCUUGGAAAGCCAGAGAUCCCCAGAGUAGAGGUGUCUUGUAGCUGCGCUGCUUGCCUGCUGGCAAGAAGUCUCCACGCCUUCGCAGCAUUUCUCUGAGUCCCUUUGGGAAUUGAGUUCUGCCAAAUGUCUGUUGCAUGAAUCCCAAAACUAGCAUCCAGUUUUAUUGUACUAAAGGAUGAGAGGAAGCUAUGGGCUCUGGAGUAGAAAAGAGUUUUAUAUUGCAAAGGAAGGCAUAUUAACCAGCCUAUAAAUCUGUGACUAAUUUGGGAGUUUUCUUCCCUGAUGCCUUUACCAUGCUAGGCUGCUUUUGGGAGAAGUGUAAUACCUGAUUGUUUGAGUUGCAGGGAAAGAGUAGGUCUCUCUCUUUUUCUUUGCACCUUUUUCAACCUUCAGCUGAAUCAGAUACACAUCUCUCUCCAUUUUUAAUGUAUGCAUGUGUGAACUAUUUUUUUUAUAGUGUAGUGAACCUUAACAUUAUUGAGAAUUUUUCAGUGAACUCAAGUGAUGUGAAAAGCUUACACCAUAUUCUUCUCCACUGUUUCUUGUUCCUGGAUCUUGUGCAGUCAUGUGCCAGAAUUGGACAAAUGGAUAUGCAGAGGGAUAGUAAUGGUUCUGUGGUGACUUAUAGGUCUGGAGGAUCUGGAAGGAAGCAGACAGUGUUAGGGAGACUUUUUAUAAAGGCAAGCAGCAGGGUCAUAGUAUUGAUCUGAAUGUGUCCCUGAGCUCAGGCUGCUUUGCACAUGCUUACACAUCAUUGGAAUAAUCUUCACACGAUUACUCACAAGUGAAUGUGUGAUUUGAUGCUAUUGAAAAGCAUACUGUUAUGUUGAUUUAUUUACCAAAGUUAUGUCCCAUCUUUCCAUCAAAUGUUGCUCAAGGCAGCUAACAGAAAUAAUAAAAAUACCAUAGCAUGUAAUUAAAGGCAAUAGAAUAAGUUUUAAAAUAUGUAAAGACAAAGCAAGUGUGCUCGCUUCUGCUUUCUUCUUUCAGAGCAAGCAAUUAGCACAUAUCUUUUUUUAGUCAUUAAAAACAGGGACCAGUUCUGAAGUUCUUUAGAGCAAGCUGAUGGGAUUUUUGAGCCAUUCUCAAAAAGUUGAAAGAGUAACUAUUUCUAAAGCAGUAUUUGUGCAUGUGCUCAUAGUGAUCCUGUGAUUUAUCUUUGAAAGGGGCACAGAGAAUCAAGGAAGUGUUUAGUAAAAUAGUGCCAUGCAAUCUCAUACUGAGCAAGUGUAGUAGUACCUGUCAGAGGUAUGCAACACCUUUUUAGCUAGCAGUUACUGAUGUUAAAGUAGUAGGUGGAAUCAUCCACUUAGCUACAACCCAAACUUAGGAAUGCAUCCUAGUUUGCACUUCUCUAUUUUAUGGUUUGUGUGCUUCACACUGUUUCAUUUAUUUAACUUUAUAUAUCAAAGACUGAUAGUGGGUUACUAUUUUAAAAAUAAAAGCAUGAAAUCCAAAUCAAAUCCUAAUUAAAACAGGCCUUAACACUUCUGGAAGAGUCUCAUGCUGAGCCUUAGCACAUCCAUAGGGGGAGACAAGUUCAUAAGUUUGGAGCCACCACUGAUAAACCUUAUUGUAUGCAGUUUGCUCAUAAAGGAAAUGAGGGUGAUCCUUAGUUUAUUACAGAGCUGGUGAUGGGAUAGAAGAAAGACUGUCUCUUUGAUUCCUCAGGUGCCUUUAUAUGUCAAGUGUAGCACCUUGAAGUCUCUGAAUUGUAUGCUAUGGAAUACAGGUGUAAUGUGCUCCCAGGGACCAAAUUGUACAGCAGUAUUAAGGCCUAGGUUGCCCUGAUAGUAGUUGAUUCUUUGUUGGCUAAAAUGCCUUUAAGAUGGGCUGCUCCCCUCUCUACUUUAUUCUGUGCUAUGCAGCAGCUUUGUAUGGUAUCGCUUUACUUGUGUGUUGCCAGUUAUGAAAGUGAUAACCUAUUCUGUUGGGAUACUGCUGUGUCUUAGUUGGCUUGUGAUUCUAGUACAGCUUAAUAAGAUGCAACAGUCAUUGCUCCCCAUCCUAAACACUUGUUUGACAGCUCAGUGACUUGUGAACUGAGCUACAGGAUGGGUAAAAGAGAUGUAGGUGAAAUUAGUGGAAAUUCAUUACCAAAUGUUUCUAGUAGCUGUUGUUUUUUCAAUUUCAUUUUCCACUUUCCUACUGAUAAAGCACAUUAGUCAGCAGGGGACCCAUGGAUGGAAUAUUAUACAGCUUUCUCACCUGCUUCCAAAUCUCAUAUAUCAUAUUCUCUAAGUCUGGGGCUACAGUGAAGUUUACCUGUGCCUGGGUUAAACUUCAUUGGUGGAGUAAAGGAUUUUUUUCAUAACCAAUAUGUGGAAACUCAAGUCAAAAAAUCAAGAGAUAUCCACACAUGCAGCCCUUGUUUCAUCACUUAUUAUUUCUCUUUGUCUCUACUUGUCCUGUGAUAUUAUAAUACUUUUAUGUAUGUACUUUCUCCUCCCAGAGUUGAGGCCUGGUCUUUAAUUUCUUUAUUUCUAAACCCAGUGUCACUUGAAUAUGGAAAGGCUGUUAAGCAGAUUGCACUCUUGCCAUGAGUGAGGGCAUUAAAAAAAAUCAAAUAAGGAAGGAGAACAGACCUCUGUGGGUGACCAAACCUUCUGGGAUUUUGCAAGAGCAGAAACAAACACAUUCACACAUCCCCAAAGGAAAGUAAUGAGGUCUCUAGGGGAUUGCUGUAUAGUGGAUAUGAGCCCAGUCUGUGUUUAAAACAAACAGUUAAAAAGGGGAGAGAAAAAGGGAAUUGGUUGUGAAGUCUUGAGGUGAUGACUGGGAUGAGGGGCAUUCCCAAUGUUAGCAUACCUGACCAUAAGGGGCAAUGCAUGAAAAGUAGUACUUCUUUCACAAGGUACUAAUGCCAAACGCCCCCCCCCAAAGCACUAAUCAGGAACAUCUCAUUAUAUGAAAAACUUAGCAUGCCCUAACCUCAAGUUUCCUUCCUAUCAAUAAUCAUAACCAGGUAGCAGAUGGCGUGCAUAAUCAAAUCCAGGCUAACUAUACAUUUAAGUGCAGACCUCUGGAAUUGAAAAUGGUUUAUAGAGUGUAGGGGGAGAAGCUUGGCAGAUAUACAGAUGGAAAAUGUGUCUUGUGAACAUUUGUUCAGGCUCAAUUUCGACUUUGUAGACAAGGCAGUGCUUACCAUAAUUCGCCAGUUAGCAGUGGGGUUAAGGAGGUAGCAGUUGCUGGACUAAAGGGAGGUGGAUGAGGAACAUUUCCUUGCUAAUGGGUAAGAGUUGGUAAGGACUGUUCUACGAACAUAAGAACAUGGUGGGGGAGAACUCGCUUUGAACAAGUUCUUUGAACAUAGUUGUUGCAAGAUGCCUCUUGACUCCAACUGUGCACAGACAUUGGGAAUGAGAAUUUAAUGCAUUCUUUAAACUCUUAAAUGCAUUUUUUCCCAACAAAAUUUUGACAUGAUUCAAAUAGUCUUGUUAGCUGCAUUGUAGAAUUGUGGUGUAUGUAGUCUGUUUUCUUUCCUAAGUGUCUAAAGUGGGGACGGGGAGCAAGUUGGCCAAGCUGGAUAUUUUUUUACCUGCAUGCUAAAUCACACAGGUAAAAAAGUGGGUUCAGCACUUUUCUAGCAGCAACUGUUCAACUGAUAGUUGGUGCUUAGGAAGCACUGUGCAAAGGGCUUUGCAGGCACUCUCAAUCAGCUGGUUGGGGGUACCUGCAAAGCUUUGCCCAAGCGUCACCAUUACCUGCCCUACACCUCAUGCCAGAUGUAGGGCAGAUAGAAGUGACUUGGCUGAAGUGGCCUCACAGACCAAAUGGGGAGGCGUAGUGGGCCUAAUUAGGUCUGCAGGCUGGACGUUCCACAUCUGUGGUCUAAGGAAUUUUUAAAAUAGCAUUGUAUAUACAGUUAGACUCAUUCUCACAUGCAUUCUUCUCAGCACCAGUGACAAAUGGCUUCAGGAAGCAUAUGGAAAGCGGGUCUGACUCAGAGUGCAGUUCUGGCCUCGGUAGUGGUCUCUCAUCUGACAUCUGCAGGUAAGUCUUCUUCCAGGUGCUUUCACCCAGAAAAAACAUUAUUCUCUUGGUAAUUUUCCAGUCUUUUCUUUCCGUUUAUACUUUUAUGUGCCUCUUACAUCCAUAUCAGAGGCCAGCGGUUUUUUAAUAAAAAAAUCAGCAUUCCAGAGGAAUUAUGGCUCUAAUCUUGAUUUAGCUGCAUGUGUGCUCUUUAGCACGUGGCAGCUGAGGGGUGAUAAGUUCCAACCCUUGUAUUCUAGGCAGUAUAAUUCUAAGCAGUAUAUAGUAAAUUGGUGACACUAAUGCCUGCAUUAUUAUUUCAUUCUUUAGCAUCAGUGUUUUCCAUUAUUUUGUGUUUUGUUACCAGUCUAUUGCUGAGAUAAGCUACCUUUUGAUCCCAAGAUGGUUAUAGGGUCAAGAGUAGACCCCAAUCCCUUAGUAAUAAUUAAGUAGUCCUUAAUACUUAGCACAGGGACGCGGGUGGCACCUUGGGUUAAACCACAGAGCCUAGGACUUGCCGAUCAGAAGGUUGGCGGUUCGAAUCCCCGCAAUGGGCUGAGCUCCCGUUGUUCGGUCCCUGCUCCUGCCAACCUAGCAGUUCAAAAGCACGUCAAAGUGCAAGUAGAUAAAUAGGUACUGCUCUGGCGGCAAGGUAAACGGCGUUUCUGUGCGCUGCUCUGGUUCGCCAGAAGCGGCUUAGUCAUGCUGGCCACAUGACCCGGAAGCUGUACUCCGGCUCUCUUGGCCAAUAAAGUGAGAUGAGCGCCACAACCCCAGAGUUGGUCACGACAGGACCUAAUGGUCAGGGGUCCCUUUAUCUUACCUUUAAUACUUAGCACAGUCUUGCCAUUAGCUUGCCUAUCCCAAGUGAGCAUCACUGCCAAUACCAUUCUCCCUCUGGCUUUACAUCCGAACUUUUGUCUGCAGAACAGUCGAUUGAGAACCAGCUUUCUUACAAUGUUGGUUUGCUUCUGCCCUAUCACAUCCUGCUUCCAAUGUCCGCAGCAAUGCACAGCCUGCCUGAAUUAGCUUGUUUCCCACCUUCCCUGUCCUUUGCAUCAGAUCCAACUCUCCUAGGAGCAGCUGAUCAGAUCUAUGAUUCAUAUGAAUUUCUGCUUUUCACAGUAAGGUUUUAAUUGCUGCUCUGUCCGCCCACUUCUGGUUAUUUACCAAAAGAAAGGCUGCAGAAGUCCCUUAUCAGGUCCAGAUGUUAUUGCCCACAACGGUAUUCUAUCCACUCCUCUUCCUUCACUCCAUGAAGCUCAAGGUGUAUUUUGGAGCUAAGCAUUGUUUUAUCACUUGGCUCUCUUUUCACAGUGGUCUGACGCCGCACAAACGUAGCCGAGGAAAGCCUGCUCUUGCACGGGUCCCUUUUUUGGAUGGUGUAAAUGGAGACUUGGAAUACAAUAGCUCAGGUGAGAAAAACAGUGUUGGUGUUUCUUAAGCAUAACAUGUAGCUAUAAUUUGUACAACUAGGUUAUGGAUGUUAUUUUUUCCUGUGGAUUGUGCCAAAGGAGACUAAGGCCUUCCAACGCCAGCUGAACUCUGAAACUUAUUUGCAAGUAAGCAUGCAUAGGAUCAGUUUCUAAACAUGCUCUUUACAUUUUUUGCCAGUCUUAUAGCUUGCCAUUUUUAUAACUUAAGAAAUGGCAGGAUCAGUUCCGCUGUAAAGAUGUAGGUAAAAGAGUUUGGGCAAGUUCUAUAAUGAGGCUUUCAUCCGCCCCCCCAAACCCCCAUAUGUUAUAGCUGUAGAGAAAACCUUGAAAAUGUGUUGUCAAUAUCUGGAGAAGGCUCAGACCACAGAGUGUUAAAUCGAUGGAGCAAUAUGCAUUACUGUUAUGGUUCCCUGCUUCCUAGUCCUUCCCCAGCUGACAGUCCAGUCUCCAAGCCUACUUCCUAAAUGGCCUGUGCCAAUCAAGUUUUAGCAUUCUGAAUUCUUCAAAGUGAAGUGUGUGUGAUAGGGGGAAGCUCAUAAUUUGGGGAAUAGAAUAAAUUUGGCAAUGUUGCCUAAAAUAUGUAUUCAGAUUUAAUUUCCAUAAUUUAUUCUGGGCAAAAAAAACAUUUUUGCAUGUUUCAGAAUUCAGUCUUCGUGGAAGUAGCUUAGUAUGGUAACAGUCAGUGGUAGAUUUUACCUGUAUUUUUCUCUGUGGUUGAGUCUUGAACCUUGUCCCAGAAAGGCUGUGUAUGCUCUCAUCAGUCCCCUAAACAAUGUAUACAUUGCCUAAUUACAAUUGCCUCCAAGUGGUAUAGAAGGAUACUAUGUUGCUGCAUGUGGUGUUCAUAAAACAGUGAUUGUGAGGAGCAUAAGGGAAUUUCAGCCUUUGCCUGGCCCUGGGGGGAUGACUGGCCACUGACCUCAAUGGGAUUGUUGUUGGCUUUGCCAUUGAUGGAGUGGGAGUGUUAGGGUGGCAGCUUGCAUAUGAUGCAGGGGCUGUGUUCCCAUUGUUAUAAGUUUAUUGGUUCCUUCUUUAUGUGUGUGGCAUGGCAUGCACAGUCCCCAUUAGGUGAGUAUUCCCCUUGCUUCUAGAAUGUUGUGGGCAUGUCUGUUUUUACGCUGUUUGGGGAUUUUCUUGUGUGUUUUCCUCCUUGUGAGCUGAGCACACAUUGGAUAUGGCAGCUAUUCUCCUGACAUAAUGGUAGCUUGCCUUCUGUACUGGGUCAAUGUGAGUAUAAGAUUGCACUGCCUGGUGUGCAAUGUAUUGCCUUUAUACCAGAUCCAUUCUUACAAAACAUUUUAUCUACUUAUAAAAGGAGGAUGGUAGGAUAAGUCUUUGCCAACCUGGCGUCUUCCAGGUUUUCUGGACUGCAGCUCCCAUCAGCUAUGCUAGCAGAGGUUGAUGGGAGUUGCAGUCCAAAGCUUCCCGAGGGCACCAGGUUGGCAAAGGUUGCCUUAGAUAUUGUUGUCUUAUGAGAAAUAGUUGCUCGUUUUUAAUUAACAUGUUUGGCCUGAUUUCAUUUUUCAACCUGCAAGUGAUAUUUAAGAUGCAGGAUAUGUUUCCUCAACUUCAUAUUCAUAACAGCAGCCUUCAUCUAUAGCUCUGCAAUUGCUUUCAAGGAAAAAUGUUAUUGUCAUGGUAGACUAUGAUUCUAAGGCAGUUCAUAUUGCGAUUCCUUAGGUACAAACCUACUGAUGCCCUUUGAGGAGCACACAGAACUAGAACCUCUGGAACUUGUAUGGGCAAAAUGUCGUGGCUACCCUUCUUACCCGGCGUUGGUAUGUAUACCUGGUUCAGUGCUACCUUCUUUCCAUGGAGGACGUCUUGGUGGCCUAUAAUACAGUGCUAAGCUCAAAAUGUAGUUUCAGCUGAGGAGGGAGGAGAAGAUGUCCUCUGGAAGAACCCUACACAACACUGAAGUUUUCGUCGUGAAAACUUGGGGGCCUCUGAGCUAUUGUUUCAUGGCUAGCCAUAUUGUUACUUUGUUCCUUCUAAUCAUUUUUAAUGUUCUUUAUACUGCUCCAUAUUCUUUUUGUUAGCUGCCAUCCAGUGCUUUGGUGGAAAAUAAAUAUACAAAUAAAUGACUCAGAAUAGGUAGUAAUCAACAAUCCUCUAUCACCAUAUGUUUAGCCAUAUGCCUAGUAACAUCCACAUUUCGAAACAUGGAAGGAUAAACAGUGAUAAAAAUAUAAUAAACAAUUUUAACUAGAAAGAUGCCAUCUCAGUGCUAGGAAACCCUGGAUGAUUUCCUCUUAACCAAAAAGAAACAGACACCAUAAAUAUCAUUAUCGUUAAAUAUUUAAAAACACCUGUGCAAUAUAAAUACUUCAUAUGCCUACACAGUAGAAAGCCUCACUGAUUUCAGUGGGACUGAUUCCCAGGUACAGGUGUGUAGCAGAGGUGAGGAACUGGAUCUUCCUAGCAGGCCAGAUCAUUAUCUCCCUCACCCCCAGUGGGCCAAAUUUGACAGGUGGGUGGGGAGCCCAUCUGCCAAUCACUUGAUGUCACUAUGAUGUAAGGUGACUCUCUUUUGCCUUCACGGUUUUAAAUCAUACUGUGUAGGCAAAUGCACAACUCACAAAGCACCUUUCAGAGUGCUCCUCAGGAAUGAAUAAAAGCCCACUGCAAAGUGCUCACAAUAUUGUUGUGUCUUGGAAUUUAUUAAUUAUUAUUUUUUGUGCACACAACUUUGCAGAUGCUUUCAGUCAGCUGAUCGGGGGUGUCUACAAACCCCAUUCAACUGCGCCGGGUCUUUAUCUGCUGCACACCAGAAGUCAGGGGCAGGGCAGGUUGAGUGUAGCUUGGUUGAAAUGUCUUGUGGGCCAAAUAGGGAGGCUUUGCAGACCAGAGGGCCAGAGGCCUGAGAGUCCCCACUACUGUUAAAAGCUAAUUACAAAAUCUAGUUAGAAUAAAACAUUCAAAAAUUAGGUUUCAAGUUAGUUGAAUGAGAUGUAAGGCACACAACCCACAUAAGUGCGAUAGGCAUCAUGUGUAUGAAUAUAUAACAAGUAGCUUGCUUGUGCUUUACAAUAGUCAUAAUUUAAAAUAUCAAAACAAAAAGUUAAGGACAGCUGGAUAUUGGGUCAGCAGGGAUGGUGUACCAUCUCUUGAAUAAAGUUAUUUUGAAAUCUAAUUUGCCAAGAAUUACACAAGUUUCUGCUUACUUGUUCACCUAUUGAAUUCUUCAGUACGGAAUAAGAGAGAAACGCUUACUAAGUUUUCUCUAGACUGGAAAGCGUAGAUGAAUGGUUGUUAUUCAUCUUGCGUUAAAGUACUUAAUUCUGACCAAUUGAAAUACAGAGUGAAAAAAAGCUGUGUUUUCUGAACCUUUUAGCUAAAACAGCUUCCAGCCUUAUCACCUCUAGGCUCUGCCCUGCUGCACAUAAUUCUUUGCCCUUGCUAACUUCUUCUUCACAAUUUUCUUGGAUCCAUGCUGCUUCCACCUAAAUGCUCAGAUGGUUGUGAAGCUUGUUCCUUUAAUUGCAAUCAAGAAUUCACAUUCUACUACCAUAGAUGAGAUUUCUUCACUACCUACUCAUCCUUUCCCUGGUUUCCUUGGGUGCUACAGAACAGGGCUUUUAUCUUCAGGCAGAAUUUCUAAGAUCGGUGAUGAGUUUCCAUAAUACAACCUGUGUAUUUUGCCUUGUGUUUUUAGAUAAUUGACCCUGACAUGCCUCGCGAGGGCCUCCUUCACAAUGGAGUCCCAAUUCCCGUCCCUCCUCUGGAGGUAUUGAAGUUAGGGGAGCAGAGGCAAGCGGAAGUUGGAGAAAAGCUUUUCCUUGUCCUUUUCUUUGACAACAAGAGGACAUGGUGAGUAAAUGUAAACAGGUUAAGGAAAGAACAUUUUUUUGACUGCAGAGUAUCAAGAAGUUAUACUGAUGAAUUUGCAGCUUAAAAUUUAAGCACCCAGAAGGUAGGAGGGAAGACCUGCCAUUUCUUCCUUCCUCUUUUGGCACCAAGCAGAGUCGUUACACAACUUCCUUCUUUUGGAGGGUGUACAUGUCACAAUAUUAUUCAGCAGACUUAAUUGACAUUCCUUGAGGGUCUUGUUUCCACUUAAAAUGAAUAGCAACAAACAUGUCUGUAAAUUUGGAAAUAAAUCUUUGCAGUCUGGGAGAAAACUAAGGCACAGGAUCAUUGGAAAUAGAUUUCCUUGUGUUUUCUUAUGCAUUCUCAUCCAUAAUUUUUGCCUCUUUAUGUGCUCUUGAACUGCAGGCAGUGGCUUCCACAGGAAAAAGUUAUUCCUCUUGGAGUAGAUGACACAGUGGAUAAACUAAAGAUGAUGGAGGGACGAAAAACCAGCAUCCGCAAGUCUGUCCAGGUGGCAUAUGACCGGGCCAUGAUCCAUAUGAGUCGAGUUCGGGGAGACCACCCUUUUGUCACACCAAAUUAUCUGUAGGGACUGAAAGAGCCUGCUCUGCCCUCCCUUCUCUUUCUGGAAAUAAUGCCUGCAUCUAUAGGCACAGUGGGUCUCGGGUCACUGAUCAGCAGGGGAUUCUCCCUGCUUGGAGGACGGUGUGAAUGCUAUGUCUGUUUGCGUUCAUAACAGAGAUGCACUAUUCCUAGUAGUGGGGAAAGCAGCUGUAAAGUACGUUAUCUGAUAUGUGCCAUAAAGCCUGUCUGUAUUCUUUCUGAAUCUGUCUCAAUGAAGAGCCAGCAGGAAAUGAAGUGAUGUAAUAGUCUGACUAGGAAGAGGAUGUCAGGAGCAGCUGCACUGUCCUGCCGUGGCCUUGGUUAUAGGGCAAGGGAAAAGCUGAACUCAUUUGGCGAUUGGACUGCAAGUCUCACGAGUCUCUUGUGUUUCAUUCUUCAGCUAGUCCCGAGUUCAGCUAACGAAGAAUUAUCUGGAGCCUGCCACUGCUAUAAAUAAUCCUUUAUCCUUUAGAUGACUCUUGUGUGCCAAAUUUAAUAUUCAACAUACUUUUUCAUGUUAUUUUAAAAAGCACUGGUUUGCCCCACUGCAUUUAUACAUUUAAAGGCUAGUCUAGAAGCCUCAUGCCUAGGUUUAUAUAGGUUUUUAUGUUAGAUCUUACUGACAGGAAGGAUAGAGAUAAUAUUUUGGUGGGUUUUCCCUCCGCCCUCAUGCACAUUUAAAUGCACAGAGCUUUAAAUAUGAAGAUGAAAUCACUUGUGAAAUGUUUUGUGUGAUUACAUUUAUGAAGUAGUUUUUACAUUUCAACUUCAGGUUAAGAACAUGUUUGAAACUGGGCAAAACAGUGUUUUAAAUCUUCUUUUGGGAAGCACCUAAUCCACUGGAGCAAUGCUGUACUAAGUACUAAGAUUUACUAGGACACGACAAAAACAGAACUUUGUUGGUUUUAAAAACUUCCAACACAUAGCUCCAUUUUAGGGGCACUGCGUACAGAAGUUCUGUCUGAGUAAGAGCUGCCUCAUUCGCUUCUGUACAUCAUCACCCUGACCCAUAAAGCCGCAUGAUUGCUGGAUGUCUAUAGAGGAGGCUGGCUGUAUGCAGAAGCAGGUUUCCAUGUGGCCAUUGUGCACCUCGUGGCAUGUGCAGAGAUUUCUCCCCCUUUAAAUGGUGCAGUACCUGCUUGCAUAGAGUGCCAUGUGUAUAUUGCUGUGUGGAGCUUUGGGUCAGGGCAUUAGUGUCAAACUGCAGUUCCCCUUUGCCCUCAAAAUUCCCCCCCCCCAUCUUGUUUUGGGUUGAAUUUGGAACAGUGUCUCUUUUCUUGCUCACCAGAACACAUUGCAGUUUCACCCUUAGCUUCGCCCAUAAAUAUUUCUUUCUCUAUGAACCUUCAUUACUGGAAUCCGUUAAAGUCAAGUGUGCAACUCCACCGAGAAUCCUAGCUUUUAACUUGCAUGCGCUGGAUAAACAGGGAAAGCUGAAGUUUGCAAGUUGACAAAGCGUUUCACAUUUGAAUUCUGAUUUGUCUAGAUUUCUCUAUGUCUUUUUAAGCGUUACAAACCAAAGGUGCAAAGCAAGAUUGUAAUUUUAAAAUAUAAUUGUUUCUUUUCUUUUUAACUCAGUAUUUUUUUAUUAUUUUAAUUUUUCUUCAUACUAAAGAGAUUGUGGAACAAAAUGUUAAUAAUAAGGGGGAAAUCACUGCCAUUUCUAUGUGGUCUACUUUUUAAAAUAGUACCACAUCUUAUAUAUUGGGGACAUAAAACCACACUUUAUGGAAAAUAUCUGUGACAUAUAAAGAAUAAGAAUAGGAUUUUUUUUAAAAAAAGUUGAUAAUGCCUAAAGAGUGUGGCUGUGGAAGGAACUUCUGUACAUAGUUGUAAAAUACUAUUCUAAAUUAUUCAGGCCGAUUGUUACCAUUCUUGAAGUCCUCGGUUGUGUUGCUGGGUCUUUUGUAUGCACACAGUGUAAUUAAUUUAAAGCAACAUACACUUUUCCCAGGUUGUAGCUCAGCUGUGGACUUGUGACUUAUGUAUAACUGUUUUAAGAUCUUGCAUUUUACUUUUAUCAUUUUUUUAAAAUUACAUUUUAAGGAUUUGAAUUGGCUAAUAUCCUGCUGUUGCUAUGGGACCUAAACGUGACUUGUCAGUCUGCUGUAAAGCACAGAUGGCUCUAUUUAUUAUAGAAAGUGAGUUUAUUUGCUUUCUAGAACUGUUUAUAUCAGAUGGUAUAAAAGAGGUAAUAAAAUUCUAUGCUUGUAAAGAAAAAAAAUGCUAAUUUUACCUACUAUAAUCUGACUGUCUGAAGCUAUAUUUUCUCUCUGAGAAAUAAAUGUUCUAAUGUAAAAUAA